AUGAGGGCCAAUGUAACUUUGGCGUACAUAUGUUGUGAACCAGAAGGAGGCAAAAGUGAUUCUCCUCCUAUUAUUUUACAUCAUGGAUUUACUAGCUGUAAAGAAAGGUGGAAGCCAAUCCUACAAACCUUAGCUAAUCAGAGUAAAAGAGUGGUGUAUGCAAUUGAUGCGAGAAAUCAUGGUGAAAGUGAAAGAAGUGAUUUUUUCAACUUUGACAUUCUGACAAAAGAUCUUGAGAACUUCAUGGAAGCAAAAGGCAUUUCCAAAGCAACCUUGAUUGGUCACAGCAUGGGUGGAGUUGUUACAAUGGCUUUAGCUGUUACAACUCCAGAGAAAGUAGAAAAACUCAUUAUUGAAGACGUAAGCCCUAAAGAACCAGAACCAGAACUGUAUUACAUUUUCGGUGCUAUGUUGGAAGAGCAAAUCAAGUGCUUUUCAACUUUAACUAGCUCAGAUACAGAAGGGACUGUUCAACAGAAGCUCAGAGAGUGUAUAUAUCGUAGUAUACCAAUGAUACCCGAUGCUGAUCAAGAAGUAAUACAGGCAAUGAAGUUUCCCAUUAAGAAGGGGGAUCAUGGUUAUGAACCAUUAACAAACUUGAAAGUACUUCUAAAAGCUGUACAAAAUCCUCCU